AUAUAGGAUAGUUAAGGAUGGGACCAACAUAACUUAAUUUUGACAUCGAUUCCCUCUUUUUUCCAACUUCUCCGUGCAGGCGCAGCUCCAACUUUCCUGCCUUUCUCUCUUAUUCGUCCAAACGCAUAAAUCUUCCGUUCAUUAUUUCUUGCAUGCCUUCAAUAUCAACCUACCCUUAUUCAUUAUCCCCCCCCACCGUGGCAGAAUCAAUCUUUGGUCGUACACUUUUUAUUCUUGUUUUUCUUCUGGCCCGGGGGUUUGGACCUUCUUCAUCCAUACAAUUCUAAGACUCUCGAGACAAGAUCUCUCGCAUUUUAUUUUAUGUUUAGAUCUUUUUUUCAGUUUCUGUCUUCAAGAUUAAAUUUUGGCAUCUGGGCUUUUCUUGGUUUUAUGAUAUGAUGGGGUGUAAAUACAAGGCUGGUCUGCUGUUGAUUGCUGCGGUCGUCAUCAUUUGGGUUACCUCUGCAGAGGUUACUCAGGGUAUCUUCACGGACUAUCAGCAACCAUUUGCCGUGACAUAUCUGGGAGCUUCUUUAAUGGUGAUUUAUCUGCCAAUAGCAUUUUUUAAAGAUUGGAUAUGUAAUUUCCUGAAGAGACGCUCCAGAGAAAGUGGUCAAAGUGGAAGCAAUGACUCCUACCCUGGACUUGGAUCUCCUUUAAGGUUCAUUGGGGGACAGAAAAUCUUUGAAAUGGAAAUGCGCGGAUCCCUGAACAGAAAAGACAGUGACCUAGACCUUUCACAACAGGAAGAAGGAAAGCCUUUAGUUUCUGAACAUGGGGAUGGCGAUAGAAAUAUUAGACAUGAAAAAGAAAUCACAACCAAAGAAAUUGCUAUAUAUGGAUUUUAUAUUGCUCCUCUUUGGUUUAUGACAGAGUAUUUUGCAAAUGCUGCACUUGCACGUACGAGUGUUGCAAGUACUACAGUUUUAUCAUCUACCUCAGGAUUGUUUACUCUCUUUCUUGGUGCACUUCUGGGCCAAGAUUCCUUAAAUAUAGCAAAGGUAGUUUCUGUAUUUGUCAGCAUUGCUGGUGUUGCCAUGACAACCCUUGGAAAAACUUGGGCCGCUGAUGAGCCGCAGAUAAAUACUUCUUCAAGUAGCAAACGCAAUCUCGUGGGGGAUCUUUUUGGCCUUCUAUCAGCUAUUACCUACGGCUUAUUUACAGUACUUCUUAAGAAAUUUUCUGGCGAGGAAGGGGAGAGGGGCGAUGUGCAGAAGUUGUUUGGUUAUAUUGGGUUAUUCACACUUGUGGCACUUUGGUGGCUUGUAUGGCCAUUGACAGCGUUGGGUAUAGAGCCAAAGUUUACAGUUCCUCACUCUGCAAAGUUGGAGGAAGUUGUAAUAGCAAAUGGACUAAUAGGAAGUGUACUUUCUGACUAUUUCUGGGCAUUAAGUGUCGUGUGGACAACACCACUGGUGGCGACAUUGGGCAUGUCACUGACAAUACCAAUAGCGAUGGUGGCUGAUAUGUUGAUUCAUGGACGGCAUUACUCUGCCAUCUACAUAUUUGGAUCGGUUCAGGUAUUUGCUGGAUUUGUAAUAGCCAAUGUAUCAGAUCGGUUCUCUCAAGCAUUAUGUUUAUGAUGAUGAUGAUGAUGAUGAGGCUUACACUUACAGCAGAAGCACAAGUUCUGAUUACACACACACACACACACACACAGGAAAUGAUGUUAGAGUACUUAUGAGAGGUGUAGUGUGGUGUUGGUAUUGCUAAUACUAACACUAAUUUGGGGUUUGGUCUGCAGAUAAAAAAGAUUUGUAUGUAGUAUGAAAUGUAUAAUGUUUGUUUGACCCCAAAAACAAAAGCAAAGAA